AUUUUGAUCCAUUUUUUCAAAGAAAUUGGGAAUAUAUCAAAAUAAUGCGGACAGGUUUAAAGAUCAGCAGCAAAGUAGCAUCCAAAUCUUCACUUUACGAAAAAAAUGUUCGGGUGCGAAUGUUUCUACAGGAAGAAAAUGGAUCUGUUGCCUCUUUCAGACCCUGAACCCUUCUCCCUUCCAGCACCUCUCCCUCAAUGGCCUCAUGGUCAGGGAUUUGCUUCUGGAAAAUUAAAUCUCGGAGAACUCGAAGUCGUUAAAAUCUCGAGAUUUAAGUUCAUCUGGAGCAGUAACUUGGAGGACAAGAAAAAAGGUGUCACGUUUUAUAAACCAGUUGGAAUACCUGAUGGAUUUUAUAUCCUUGGUCACUAUUGUCAAUCUAAUGACCAACCUUUAAGAGGUUUUGUUCUUGUUGCUCGAGAGGCACCUUCCAAAUCUGAAGCCGCUGAUUUCUCAACUCGUGUUACUUCACCAGCCCUUAGGGAGCCUCUCGAUUAUACACUAGCUUGGAAAUCGAAUGAUGGGAGUGAGGGAAGUCUUGAAGGUUGCGGUUUCUUCUGGUUGCCACAGCCUCCUGAGGGUUACAAGUCCAUAGGUUAUUUGGUCACAAGUUCUAAAAAACCAAAAUUAGAUAAAGUGAGAUGUGUUCGAGCUGACCUAACUGAUAGAUGCGAAAAGUAUCGAGUUAUGCAUUCGGAAUUUUCGUUUCGAGUUUGGAGCACAAGACCGUAUCAUCGAGGGAUGCUGGGGAGAGGUGUCUCCGUUGGGACUUUUUCUUGCAUUAGUGAUUUGAUACCUGGACUAGAACUGCCUCUCUCAUGCUUGAAGAAUUUAGAUCCUUCACUACAUGGAAUGCCAAACUGUGAUCAGAUUCAUGCACUAAUAAACCACUAUGGACCUACAUUCUUCUUUCAUCCCGAUGAAAUCUACUUGCCUUCUUCAGUUUCAUGGUUUUUCGAGAAUGGAGCACUCCUUCAGAAAGGGGACUCAGUAGGUGAACCAAUUGAUGUCGGUGGCUCGAAUCUACCUAGUGGUGGCUGCAAUGAUGGAGAAUUUUGGAUUGAUUUGCCAAGUGGUGAUCAGAGGAAAACUAUAAAACUAGGAAAUUUGGCAAGGGCUAAACUUUAUCUACAUGUGAAACCAGCACUUGGUGGGACUUUCACUGAUAUUGCUCUGUGGAUUUUCUGCCCCUUCAACGGACCAGCAACGCUUAAAGUCGGUAUUAUGAACAUUGCACUUAACAAGAUCGGACAGCAUGUAUGUGAUUGGGAGCAUGUUACACUCCGUAUAUGCAACUUUACCGGAGAGCUUUGGAGCAUAUACUUCUCUCAGCACAGUGGUGGUGUAUGGGUGAAUGCAUAUGAAUUGGAGUACACACAAGGAAAUAAAGCGAUCAUCUACUCGUCAAGAAAUGGACACGCUAGCUUUUCUCACCCUGGGACUUACAUUCAGGGUUCUGCAAAACUAGGAAUCGGUAUUCGAAACGAUUGCGCUAGUAGUAACUUCUACGUAGAUUCAAGUACUCAUUACGAACUCGUUGCAGCUGAGUAUCUCGGAGAUGGGAUCGUAGCUGAGCCUGGUUGGUUGCAGUUUAUGCGAAAAUGGGGUCCAACUAUUGUCUAUGAUUCGAGAACUGAAUUGGAUAAAAUUGUUCAUGUUUUACCGGUGAUGCUUCAAUCGUCGGUGAAGAACAUUUUUUAUAAGCUUCCGGUUGAGCUUUAUGGAGAGGAAGGCCCUACUGGUCCUAAGGAGAAGAAUAAUUGGGUUGGCGAUGAAAGAGGCUAGUUUUGUGGGUUAGCCUCUGAUCUUAAUAGCAUCUUGCUGGUUCUCAUCUGCUGCCUAGCAAGUACCGGAGAUGGACACGUAAUACGAGUACCGGACAUUGCCCCGGUGGGAGUGUAUGUGCUUCCUAGGCUGCCGUCCUUGUGUUCAUAGUACAACAGUUGGUGAAUUACAUGUUCAUACUUGGUGUAAUGAUUUGUAUAUUUAUCUUCUCAUUUGUUUCGGCUUUUCAUUUUUCUUGAAGUGCCUAUAUCCGAUGCUCGUGUCGAGUGCAUAUUUUGAUACUGUGUAUAGAGAUAUAAUUCUUCAAAAAUUCUCUAAAUAUAUAAAAAAAAAUCUUUGAAAAUA